AUGGCCUACAACUGCUCCAUCUCCAUCCCCAUCGUGCAGAGCGAUGCGUUGAACUCGAUCGGUUACCUGAAAAAUUACACUAACUUCCUUACCACUCUCUCUUACCUGAAAAAUCCCCCCAAGGCGUAUCAAAAGCCUGGUAUUGACAUCUUGGCCCGCCUUGACGAUGUCGAGCAAAAUAUCAAGAACAAGAAAUACAACAACCAGUAUGAGCUGGAAGUUGAUCUCCAGGCAAUCGUCCAAGGGACCAGUGAAGGUCACUACAACGCCAACAUGGGUGGUGUGUUGGGUAUCUUUUCGUGGAUUCUGCCCGACUCCAUCAUCUCCCUGUCGAAGGAUGGAAAGGAGCUGCCCCAGAUCUAUGCUGUCUCGGAUAUAAUUCGCAAUAUCUCGGAUCCAUCACCAAUUACCCAGAUUGAAGGACAGCCCGUGUACGAAUAUCUGCGCAGCUAUCUGGAGAAGUUCGUCAGCUCUGGUACUAUGGAUGUCCACGCAGACUGGAACGCCAUGGUUUGGAGUGGUGUUCAGUCUUUUGGUGCUUUUGGCACAAGCAUCACCUCUUCGUGGGCAUACCGUCUUUUCCAAUCGACUACAAUUUACAACGGCAAAUCUCUCAACAUCACAUUCGCCAAUAACUCCAACGCCGAAUGGAUCUACAGUGCUGGGUCAGCGAGGGAUCUGUACGGAGACAAGUACACCAGCCCGGAAAACAUUUACAACACCCAAGUUGCCAACACAUCCAACACCUCCCCCAUUAGAUCCACCUCCAAACGAGCUGAUGGGCAGUACGGCGUUGUCGAGCUCGGCCCAACCAGAGAUGAGGCUGAGAAGCGAGACCUUGAAAUUCGACAGAACACCCAGCACAAGCCCUACACAUCAGUACCUGUUUUCAACUACCCCAAGAACCCCGACACCCUCGAGGUCAACUUUGGUAUCGGUGGAAUCGUUUCUGGGUACAUUCUGAAGGAUGACUCUAUCGGUGUUUUGAGUCUGCCCAGCUAUGACCGAGGAUCCGCAGACUCAGGAACAACUGCUCUCAACUUCACCUAUGCGGUCAACGACUUCAUCACCAAGGCAUCAAAGGCAAAGGUGAAGAAGAUUGUCAUUGAUCUCUCUGGCAAUGGCGGCGGUUCUACAUUCCUCGGCUAUGCCGUGUUCAAGCUCUUCUUCCCGGACAUUGCACCCAGCCAGCUCGGCCGAGUUCGUGCUACUUCUUACAUCAACACUCUAGGUAGCGUCGUAACCGGCAUCCUGGAAGACACGACGAUUCCUCAGAAUAGCUCGAUUUGGCAGAAUGCCUACAGUCUCUCGACCACACCUGACCUUUCCAGCUAUGAGAAGCUUGACAUCAAUGGCAAGAUUUUCCCCGGAUGGAAGGACCUCUUUGGGCCCGUCCAGAGCUACGGUGACAACUUCACACGCCCGGCCAAGUACAACCUCUCGAGUCAGUCUAUCACCAACGAUCUUGACUUCCCCGUCCCUGGCUACGGCCCUGAGCCUAGCCUGAACCUCCUGUCAAAGGAUCAGCUGUGGUCCGGCGACGACAUCAUCAUGCUCCAUGACGGUUUCUGUGCCAGUACUUGCGCCAUCUUCUCGGAGAUGAUGAAGACAGACGGCGGCGUCAAGUCGGUUGCCGUCGGUGGUCUCCCCGAGUAUGGAGCCAUGCAGGGUGUCGCCGGCACCCGCGGAACUCUGCGCAGGGACUGGACCGACCUGAGCAAGUACAUCGAGCUCCUCCGCUCUCUCAUGAACGAGGUGGGCGACCAGGCGGUCGAUCAGCUCAAGGCAUGGGGCACGUCGGUGAGCGACGUCGACAACCUCCCCGCCAAUAUCCAGACGUCGCCUCUCUACGUUAGCGGCGCCGUCAACGGGCUCGACAUGAUCCGUCCCUCGAGCCCCGAUACCCCUCAGCAGUUCACCUACCAGGCCUCCGACUGCCGACUGUUCUACACCCCCGAGAUGGCCAAGGAUGUUACCGCCCUGUGGCGCGCGGCCGGCAAGGUUGCAAGCGGCGAUCUCAGCGGUUGCGUCUCCGGCUCAACCGGGGCUCCUGGCGCGGGUCGCAAUACGACCAUCACCGACGAUGUGGGCUACUCGCUCAACAAAACCUGGAGCAACGUGAACACGACCACCGUGCCCGAUAACAAGCUGCCUGACGGAAGCAAGAGCAACGACAACAGCAACAGCAGCAGUGGUGGCAACGGCAAGGAUGA